AUGGCCUCCUACAGCUCUUCCGCCCAAACUGCCUCCUCCUACCGCCGCCACUUCGGCCAAGGUAGCUACGCCUCGCCCUCCCUCAACCGCUCGCUGCUGGGCCACAGCGGGGGCAGCGGCGGGGGCCACGUCUCCUCCAGGGUCUAUGAGGUGACCCGGAGCAGCUCCACGCCGGUGUACCGCGUCUCCUCCAGCUACUACGGGAAGCCCCUGGCCACCUCCCGGGCCUCCGUCGGCCGCUCCUACACCGGCAUGGGCGAGACGCUGGACUUCAGCCUGGCCGACGCCCUCAACCAGGAGUUCAUGACCACGCGGACCAACGAGAAGGUGGAGCUACAGCACCUGAACGACCGCUUCGCCAGCUACAUCGAGAAGGUGCGCUUCCUGGAGCAGCAGAACCAGGCGCUGGCGGUGGAGGUGGAGCGUCUGCGCGGCCGCGAGCCCACACGCAUCGCUGACCUGUACGAAGAGGAGAUGACCGAGCUGAGGAGGCAGGUGGAGAUUUUGACCAAUCAGAGGUCGCGGAUAGAGGUGGAGCGCGACAACCUGCUCGACGACGUUGACAAGCUCAAACUCAGACUCCAGGAGGAGAUUCUCCAAAAAGAGGACGCAGAAAACAACCUGGCUGCUUUCAGGGCGGACGUGGACGCUGCCACUCUGGCUCGUCUGGACCUGGAGAGACGCAUCGAGACGCUACAGGAGGAGAUUGCCUUCCUGAAGAAGAUCCAUGAAGAGGAGAUCCGCGAGCUGCAGAUGCAGAUGCAGGAGUCUCAGGUGCAGAUCCAGAUGGACAUGUCCAAGCCGGAUCUGACGGCAGCGCUGCGAGACAUCAGAGCCCAGUAUGAAGGCAUCGCCGCCAAGAACAUCUCCGAGGCCGAGGACUGGUACAAGUCAAAGGUGUCCGACCUGAACCAGGCAGUGAGUAAAAACAACGAGGCACUGAAGCAGGCCCGCCAGGAGACCAUGGAGUUCAGGCACCAGAUCCAGUCCUACACCUGCGAGAUUGAUUCGCUUAAAGGCACUAACGAGUCCCUGAUGAGGCAGAUGAGGGACAUGGAGGACCGGCACGCACGCGAGGCUGGCGGUUUCCAGGACAACAUCGCCCGACUGGAGGCGGAGAUCGCCAACAUGAAGGACGAGAUGGCACGCCACCUCCGCGAGUACCAGGACCUGCUCAACGUCAAGAUGGCGCUGGACGUGGAGAUCGCCACCUACAGGAAGCUGCUGGAAGGGGAGGAGAGCAGGAUUACCUUGCCUGUGCAGAGCUACUCCACCCUGAGCUACAGAGAGACCAGCCCUGAGCACCAGCAGCGCUCCACUGAGUUGCAUUCAAAGAAAACGGUCCUCAUCAAGACCAUCGAAACCCGCGAUGGAGAGGUUGUCAGCGAGUCCACGCAGCACCAGAAAGAUAUCAUGUAACGGUCUACAGGAGAGAAGAUAAGAAGAAACAAAAAAACAACACAUCUGUCCUUCUCGGAGUCUGACAGAAGAACGCAAACAAGAAAAGAUGAGUGAAUAAAACUAAAAGUAAAAAGACUUUACAGACUCAUGGUCAUAACCUGUACUGUUCUGGUUUUAAAGUCACUGCAAUAUGUGAAUUUAAAGCAGGGGGUGGUGUCAUUAACUUUAUCAGGGUUUAUUUAUCUCUGCUUAUUGGUGUUCUUUAGCUGAAUACGACAUCCAUGUGUGUAACUGUGCACAAGCUACCCUGCAACAAAAAACUCCAUCUAAAGGAGUCAUUUUUGUGUUUAACUGACACCUGAAAACCAUAUUUACUUUGAAGAAUUGAAUCUGUUUUGAAAUAAGAAGAAUAAGGUAGGUCGCUGCAGUACAAUCAAAAAAGACUCAGUUACAGAUAAAAAAAAAUGACUUGAUAAGAUGGAGAUUUUUUGCGAUGUAUCGGCAAAAUAUUAAAAUCACAACAUUGAAAACCGCAUGUUUGCAUC